AUGCAGGUUGUUGAAGACUAUGCUGGAAGAUGGCAGGUUCCUUUGCCGCAGCUUCAGGUGCUUCAGACGGCACUCUGUUGUUUCACCUCUGCCUGUGUAUCAUUCCCAGCUGAAUGUGAGCACGUACAAUACGUAUUGAGUAGCCUAGCUUUGAGUUUUUUUGAAUUGCUGCUGUUCUUUGGAAAGGAUGAGUUCUAUGAAGAUCCUCUGAAGGAUAUUUUAGGUUCAAUCCAGGAAUGUCAGAACCUUCUAAGUAGAUACAGAAAUAUGAAUCUGGAACUAGUGACACGCAUCAUCCGAGAUGGUGGACCAUGGGAGAAUCCAGUAUUACAAGCAAUUCUUAAAGCAAAGCCUGUGUCACAGGAAUUAGUUAACAAAUAUUUAAGCUCUGAAAAUCCACUGUUCUUUGAACUACGUGCCAGAUACCUUAUUGCCUGUGAACGCAUCCCUGAGGCAAUGGCUCUUAUCAAAUCUUGCAUAAAUCAUCCAGAUAUCAGUAAAGAUCUGUAUUUCCAUCAAGCUCUUUUCACCUGUCUUUAUAUGUCACCAUUAGAAGAUCAGCUAUUCCAGGAGCACUUGUUGAGGACUGAUUGCAAGAGUGGAAUUGAGAUCAUCUGCAACACUGAAAAAGAAGGGAAGACUACCUUAGCCUUACAACUAUGUGAAUCGUUCCUAGUCCCACAGCUUCAAAAUGGGGACAUGUAUUGUAUAUGGGACCUGAUCUUCAUUUGGAGUAAACUGCAGCUUAAAUCUAACCCAUCAAAACAAGUAUUUGUCGACCAGUGCUACCAGCUUUUAAGAAUUGCUACAAAUGUCAGAGUAAUUUUCCCUUUCAUGAAAGUCAUUAAGGAUGAAGUUGGUGAAGAUGGUCUUCAGAUAUGCGUUGAAAUAUGUGGAUGUGCCCUCCAGUUGGACCUCCGUGAAGACCCCAACAUGAAAAGUCUUAUUUAUAAAGCGAUUGCUCAUUUUCUGCCAAAUGACUUGGAGAUCCUCAGAAUCUGUGCUCUUUCAAUCUUUUUUCUUGAGCGCACCUUGGAGUCUUACUACACUGUUGAACACUUAUAUAAGUGUGCAGAUGAAGAAUACAAUGAGUGCGCUAGUUCUGUUCAAAACCGUGUACGUUUUGAAUUGCUUCCAAUUUUGAAAAAAGGUUUGUUUUUUGAUCCUGAGUUUUGGAAUUUCUUGAUGAUCAAGCAGAAUUGUUUAGCGUUAUUGGGAGAUAAAGCCUUUGUUGGCUUAAGUGAAAGUACACUGGAAAACUCUACUGCAAACACAGAGAAGAUUACAGAGUAUAGGGCUCUGGGUGAGGAACGUGUCAGUUUGACAGAUGUAAGCAAUGGGGAGCUUGACCCUGAAGACCUCUCCGAAGCCCAGUCCAAAGGUAAUGCCAAAAAUAACCAUGAAGCUCUUGAGGCAUCUGAAAUGUUAGAUCAAACUGAACCAAGGCACUGCUGCGUGAUAUGCAACAAGGAAUUUCUUGGUGGUCACAUUGUGAAACAUGCACAAGCUCACCAAAAAAAGGGUAGUUUUUCCUGUGUACUUUGCACCAGAAAGUUCAGGCAAAAAGGACUUAUGCUGAAGCACUUAAAGAAUCAUGUCAGGAAGAUAGAAAGGCAACAUCUUGCUGCAGUUCUUGAAGCUGGUCAGCAGGCUCCUGCUCUGAAGGAACUGGAACACUCUGAUGUUUCUCUUGAAAACGGGAAUUCUGAUGGUUCCAAAGCUAAUGAAGCAGAAGCUGCAGUAGCUCCAAGUGCUGAUCAAGUGGUCCAAGUAGAGGAAGAGAAUGCAGAACAGGUGCUUGAUGUGGUGGAAAACCAUCUAAGUGACCAGGAUGAUGCUACUGAAAAUAGUAGUGACAGCUGCUUUAAUAAUGUUCCUGACGCUUUAAGUACAGAAAGUUUGCCUGAAGACGAUGAGAGCUCCAGUAAAGAGUCACCUAUUCUGCAUAAAGUGAAUGGAGCUUUUUGCCCUCAGAAAGACAUUGAUGCUAUGGAUGAGGAAGGAACCUUUAAGUGCCCUGCAAAUGGUUGUGCUAGAGUGUUUAAAAAGAUCAGAUUUCUCAAUAAACAUGCAAGAAAAGCUCAUCCAACUGAUCUGAAGGUGCAGCAGCAUAUAAUGAAAUGGAAUAAAGGAAAAUGCCGGUUCUGCCAGAGGAAAUUUGCUGAUUCCCAACAUUUUAUAGACCACCUGAAGAGACAUGUGUAUCCAAAUGUUUACUUUUGUUUACACUUUAAUUGUAAUCAGAGAUUUAAGCUGUCAACUGAGCUUGCAGAACAUACAAAAAGUCAUAGUGUUUUUAAAGCUCAAUGUAAUUUCGCAGAGUGCUCGGAGCUGUUUGAGGAGCUCCCUUUGCUGUAUAAACAUGAGGCUCAGCAUUAUUUAAAUAAAACACCGGAAUGUUCAGAAGAUGCAAGUGAAAAAGAUUCUUCAGAUGAUCCUUCAGAACUUUGUAGUUUCCAAGACAAUGAGGAAUCUAUUAAUGAUAAAGAAACUGUAGAUUUACCGAUUCCAACUUGGAAGUCAAGGAAGGAUUCUACAGAACCAAAGACAUAUAUACAAAGUGUUGAGAAGAAAGCAAAUAAUAUGAUACACAAUGGAAACGAAAGCUCGUCUGAGGGCAGCACUACAGUUUUAAGUUUCAUAGACCAAAAGACACCUGUGUUGCAGCCAAAUUCUGAAAACUGUAAUGUUGUUAGCGACCAACUAGUCAAUGGGCACAGUGACCUAGAUCAGACAUCAUCAAAGUCAUCAGAAAUACCUUUGGACAGAGUGGCAGAUGAAACAAGGACAGAAAAUGGGUCUGUGUUACCAGUUUUACAGAACUGUCAGGAUAUACCACAACAUAAUGCUGCUCCCUCGCAAUUACCUUCUAAACCAAAUCAGACAACAGAGAAUACUUCAUAUGGUGUCAUCUUAACAAAACCGUAUGUUAGACCGUUGCCUCCAAGUUACCUUGAUGAACGAUACAUUAGCAUGCCAAAACGUAGAAAAAUGUUGACUGAUAAAGUAGAUGCUUAUUCUGAACAAGAUAAAUUUUGUAGCAAACCAACAGAAAGAUUUAGAUGCGGCAACUGCUUGACCAUCUACUGUAAUUCAGAAGCACUUGAGGCUCACCUUGCACAAAAGAAGUGUCAGACGCUCUUUGGAUUUGAUUCAGACGAUGAAAGUGCCUGAUUCAACAUUAUGGGAAAAUGUACCAAACAAGGAGUGGUGUAAGAAAACACUACAUGAAGAAGCAUCAGUUUGUUUCCCAGUUGGCCUUAAUCAUAAAGCAGUCUCAAAUUACUAAAGAAAUACAUG